AUGGAAGGGAACCGGAAAGAGAUCCUUAUGGGGCGGGGCCAACAGCGGAAACGGGGGGCCUGGGAGAGAGUGGCUGUGAGGGACGGGGCUAGGAAGAGCUCCUGCUCCGAGAGCGGGAGGUGCCGCUCCGCUCCGGUGCAUGCGCGUAUUCCCGGAAGGCCUGUGGCCCACUGGCGGGGCCUGAGAAGGCUCCGGCAUGGCGGCCACAGCCGAGGGCGUCCCUGCAGCCCAGCGGGAGGGUCUGGGACGAGACGAUGCCGUGGUGGAGACGGCCGAGGAGGCCACGGAGCCCGCCGAGGCGGACAUCGCGGGGCUGUGCCAGGACAUGUUUCCAAAAUGGCCACGUACCUAACCGGCGAGCUGACGGCCACCAGUGAAGACUAUAAACUUCUGGAAAAUAUGAACAAACUGACUAGCUUGAAGUAUCUAGAAAUGAAAGAUAUUGCAGUAAACAUAAGCAGAAACCUAAAGGACUUAAACCAGAAAUAUGCAGCCCUUCAGCCUCAUCUGGAUCAGAUCACUUUAAUUGAGGAGCAAGUAGCAGCUCUGGAGCAGGCAGCUUACAAGUUGGAUGCAUAUUCAAAGAAACUGGAAGCAAAGUACAAGAAGUUAGAGAGGCGAUGAAAAAAUUCAUUAGCA